AUGUCCAGGCCCCGACCCGGCACUGGAGUCCCCCCCCGCACCCCCACCCCCACCCUGGGAGCAGAUCCACCCCGGCUGGAGUCUGAGCUGAGCGCCGGCGGUGGACCAGCAGCAGCCUCCUUCCCUGUGAGAGAGAGAACCAACCAUUCAACAACGUCGAAAGUUGCCUACUUCAAGAGGAAAUAUGCGGAGGAGGAGGAUUUACACGGAGGCCUACAUGGAUAUUUUCAAAAACACCUGAUCCUGCAGGAGGACCGCAGCUGCAUCCUGAAGCUGUCCCUGGAGAAGCUGAGGUUCCUGGAGGACCCCGAGGCCUACCUGCGGCGCUCCGUCCUCAUCAACAACCUGCUGAGGAAGAUCCACCAUGAGGAGGAGGAGCUGGAGGCUGAGGAGGAGGAGGAGGAGGAGGAGGAGGAAGAAGACGAUGUAGAGGAGGAAGAGGAGGAAGAGGAGGUCAUUGGGGCGAGUGGGCAGCGGAGGCUGAUGUACCCGGACAGGAAGAGGGUGAAGGUGCUGGUGACAGACUGCUGCUCUCCACCGUUCGGCCUGGAGGACCUGCAGCACUACCGGCUGCUGCCCUGUUACCCUGCAGCCGGGUGCCUGUACGGCCUGGGCUCGUGUCCCGGCCUCGCCCCGAGCCACCAGGUGCUGCUCUACAACCUGGACGACCACGGCUGAGUCCACAGAGCUCCGUCUCCACCAGGCCUUCACCAGGUCAGGAGAAGCUGCUGACCUUUCCCCUGUGGGGUCGCUGCCUCCUCUCGUCUCCUCCACCAGGGGGCAGCAGCAGAUGAAUCGUCUCCUGCCUCGGAUCAACAGGGUUCCUCAAGUUGAUGUCAGUGGUUUAGUAUCCGUGCAGAUGUGAAGGACUCUGAGCUCUGAUGAAGGACUUCUAUCUGAUUUCCAUUUGAUUGUCUGUUGCUUUUCGUUGUGACUGUUGCUCAUGUGGACAUUGAGCAUAUUCAGGGAUUUACAGGCUCUUCUGAUGCACCUCAGCUUGUCCAUGGACGAUAUGCACUCGUAGGCUUCUGUUACCUUUUGAUGCUACUGUGUGAUUUAUGAAAUAUUCUCUGGAUCCUCAUCCUCUGAGGUGCGUUCACUGCCGGCGGGAGAAACGACAGUUUCCGGUCCUGUUCGAUGUCCUGUGUUCUUUCUAUUGGCUCUCGGUUGUUUUCUUUCAUUUGAUCCCGUUGCUGCCCUCUGCUGGUCAAAGAAUCACAUGGCAGCUCUUCUUCAUGUCUGAUGUGUUGAUAUGAUAAUGAUGAAAAGAAAUAUGCAGUUAUAAGCAGAUUCAGUUUUAUAAAUGUAUUUAAAACACAUUUAUGGUGUAAGGAUAUGACUUAUAUCUUUAUAGACAAAGUUAAAUUAAUGAUAACGUCUUUUAAAAUGUCAUUAUUAUUAUUAUUAUUAUGAAUGUGUUCUGAAGGAAUACACUCAUAAAUGCUUAUUAUAAAGAAGGUGAAAGUAAAGUUGUUGAAAAGGAUAAAACGUCAAAAUGACAUCUCGUGAAUAAGUUUCAGCUUUUUCUGUUUGUUCUAAAGCUGAAUAUCAAAGAGCAGAAUGUCUUUAAAUUGAAUCUUAUAUUUCAUAUUUUCUACUUUGAGUCCCGAUUAAAAACAGCGCAGGUGACUGAGUUCUCUCUAGAACUGUCACAAGAUGUUUUAUUAUUCAAUGCGGCAAAAUGGUUGUUUCAUAAAAGUGAGUAAUGUGCAGCGCGGUGAUGACUCAUCCUCUGUUUCUCUUUGUGGUUCGUCUGUUCUGUGCGUCUGUGAGUUUCACUGCAUCUGAACAUGUGCAUCUUAAAAACACUGAGAAAGCGACACAGUGACAAAGUGACUAUUAGAAAAACUUGAAAUUUUAAGACCAGAAUUUAUAUUUUGAUGAAAUACACAUUUAAGAUAAACUAUUUUGAAAAAAUGGGCCAUUGAACUUGAUUUCAGGUGAUUGAUUAACUAAUAAAGUUUGA